CGCAUGUUUAGAUGGUUGUACUACACGUGAGGAAAGUGAAAAUUUACUUCCGGGUAGACUUGUUCACAAGCCACGCUUUAUCACUAAUGUUUACACGUUUGAAGUUAUAAAUGGCAGGAGUCACCCGUGACAGUUCUGUGGUGCAGUUUGGGUUUGUUGAAGAGGCAGUGGAAUGGAGACUUCGGUCUUCCCAAUUCCCAAGUAAAGUUGGUGGCAAACCAUCUUGGCUGAGUCUUUGCGAACUUCCAGGUCCAGAGGAACUGAGUUGUGAACUGUGUGGACAGCCAUGCGUGUUCUUGUUGCAGGUUUAUGCACCAGUCCCCGAGAAAGCGGAUUGUUUUCACCGUACAGUUUUUGUUUUUUGCUGUAGAAAUGUUGCAUGUUACUCCUUCAACGAUAGACGCAGUUUUAAAGUUUUUAGAAGUCAGUUGCCAAGGAGGAAUGAUUUCUAUUCAUAUGAUCCACCACCAGAUGAGCCGCUUGAUGAUGUGGAAGGUGAAGGAUUAGGAAAUCCAUGUGGAGUUGAGUUGUGCAGAGUAUGUGGCUGCUUGGGUCCCAAGAUAUGCUCUCGAUGCCAUGUAGCGCACUACUGCAGCAAAGACCACCAGGUCAUGGACUGGAAGGCAGGGCAUAAAAAGUCCUGUGUAGAAGGUGGUGGGUCUAAGGAAACCGGUGUCAGUACCUUCCUAUUUCCUGAGAAUGAGCUGGUGGUGGAGCCUGAGGAAAUGCAGCCUGCGACAGAUCCAGAACGCGAACCAGAAUCUAGUACAGAACCAGCAGCCCAGCUAGCAGUGGACAACAUUACUGUGCCUGAUUUUGCAAGCAACUGCCUGGAUGAAAAGGAGUUGGAAGCUAUGGCAAAAAGUGAGAGUGAAGAAGACAAGGUGUUCCAACAUUUUAAACAGCGAAUUGCCAUAGAACCUGAACAGGUUUUACGGUACAGCAGAGGAGGAAGUCCACUUUGGGUUUCAGCCAAAAAUGUUCCACAGCAAGAAUCCAUCCCUCACUGCAUCUGUGGUGCUGAAAGGAUAUUUGAAUUUCAGGUCAUGCCGCAGCUGUUGAAUCAUCUGAAUGUUGACACAUUAGACACCAGCAUUGAUUGGGGUACUUUAGCUGUGUAUACAUGUGCUGAAAGCUGUGACACCGAUAAUAAAUACGUCCCAGAGUUCCUUUGGAAACAGGAUUAUUCUCACUAAAUUGAACCUUUAAGGACAUUUGCUUUAUAUUUCCUGGGCUUUGUGCCUAAUACCAGAAACUAGUGCUCUGCAUAUGAAAGCAACUUAAAAUGUUUAGGAGUGUACUUGAGAGGUAUUAUACUGAUUUGCAGAGGCUGUGUAGCAUAAUUUCAGUGUCCUGAAAUUUAGGUUUAUAUUUUUCUUGGUUUCACCUUGUGACUGAAUGCAUCUGGAGUUGUACAUUUUAGUGCCACAAUGAAAUGGAAAAUUCUCAAUUUAUAUCUUUGGUUUUACUUUACUUUUCCCCUAUUUCUUUUACACAGGUGUUCAGUUUCUGGUCUAUUUAAAAUCCUGCCCUUGUGCAGAUUUUUGUUCUGCUUGUCAGUGCUGGCAGUGCCCUCUUUAAUUUAUUAUAAUAAAACAUGUAAUUUUGUGAA